UGUUCCCUUUUCUUUUCUUGUAUCAGAAACAACCUUUCCCACAUAAUAUAAGCUCUAGCCUCUAGCCUUUCCUCGAAUGUCCCAACUCCUGAAUGCUUCCUUCCUAGAAUAGAAUAGAAUUACCUGUCUACACGGGACUAAGCUAAGUUUCAGAGAGACCUUUGAGCAAGGUUCGACCUGCGUUGGAGCUUGAACAUGAACGAGGAAGAAGUCCAAGAAACCCACCUCAUUCCAUAUGAUAGAAAUUAUGUCAUUGCUUACAAUGAUGAACAUCAGCCAUCAGAUGCAAUAUGGUAUCCUUGUCCUUUCUUCAACCCCAUUUCUUCCCAGGAGGGAUUUCUUGAUGGUUUAACAUCUCCAUCAUGCGGGACAGAUGCGGCCGAUUUCGCAAGCAGUCUCUGGAAUGAGAAUGAACUUGCUGAGGAGACUUAUGAGGGUGAAGAGUUACCAUAUUAUGGCUGUGGAAACUGGCUUAGAGAAUAUGAGAGCUCCUUUGGUCAGUGUUGGGGAGAUGGGUACUUCUCCCACGGCAAUGGAACUCACAACAAUGAAGGAGACAGUGAGUUGAAGGAGAUAGAAGGCUCCAGGCAGAGUGAACAACAACAUGAAAGCCAUUUGAGGCAUGAAGAAGUCACUCAAGAUGGCCAUCCUUCUUGUGACUCCAAUCCUUGGUGUGAUCUUUGGCUUGCAUUUGGAGGGGAAACAGAGACCCAUGGCUGGGGUGAGCAAGAAACCAGGAUCACACCUUCCUACAACGUGCCGGAUUUCGGAGUUUGUGAGAGUCUUUUUGGCUACCGGCCUUGCUUGUAUCGAUAAGACUGAAAGACAUGUAAUGAACAGCAAGUGAACAAUGACUUGGCAACAAUCUAUGUGAUCAUGGAAUUUUUGUGUUUCGCAUUCUGA